AUGGUAUUAUCUUUGUUAACGGGAGGAAUUGGAUCGUGGGUCUCGCCUGGGUCUUCUUCGGUGGCAGUUCAGUCGUUAUCAGAAAUUCUGGCUGAAGAAGAGAAAAGACAGUGUUUGGUAAAAGAAAUGAGGAACAGUCUUCGUAGAAGGAAUAAUGAGGCUGUCAAAGGUGCCAAAUUAAAGCAGCAGUCAGAGCCGAAGAAUAUACAAAGUGCAGAUGAGAAGAAAGGUGGAUGGGUCAAGGUGAAUUUAUGA